AUGGACGACGGGCAUCGCGAGAAGCGCGCGAAGCUCGAGCCGCCGGCGCUCGCGAACGAAAGGUUCGAGGCGUAUUACGCCGCGCAGGGCGUGUGCGAAGACGCGGGCGACUUUCGAGCGAUGAUGGAGGCGUUUCGAAGACCGCUGCCGCUGACGUUUCGACUGAACGCGUCGACGGCGCUCGUGGAGGCGGUGCGGAGGAAGCUGGAGGGCGACGUGUUGCCGGCGCUGAAGCGCGAGGCGUCGAUGAAGCCGCCGAAGUGCGUCGCGUGGUAUCCGGAUCGUUUGAGCUGGCAGAUAGAUAUAUCGCAGAGCGCGUCGUUGAAACAGAGUGAAUCGCGCGGCGUGCUCGGGUUGCACGCGUUUUUGAAGAGCGCCGGGGAGACGGGGGCGCUGACGAGGCAAGAGUUGGUUUCGAUGAUUCCGCCGUUGUUUUUAGAGGUGAAACCGAAGCAUCGCGUGAUCGAUAUGUGCGCCGCGCCGGGAAGUAAGACGUCACAGUUAUUGGAGAUGUUGCACGGCGCGACGAACGCUGGGGAGACGCCUCGAGGGGUGGUGGUAGCGAACGACGCGUCUUUACAGCGAGCGAAUUUGCUCACGCAUCAGUGCAAGCGAAGCAACUCCCCGGCACUCGUCGUGACGAAUCAUCAGGCGCAGUUGUUUCCAAUUUUACACGACGCCAAGGGAAAGAAAAUUAGGUUCGAUAGAAUUUUAGCCGACGUCCCGUGCAGCGGUGAUGGGACGCUGCGGAAAUCGCCCGACCUUUGGAAGAAGUGGAACGCCUCGAGCGGGGUGGAUUUACACACGCUUCAGCUUGAGAUCGCCACCCACGCCUUGCGCUUGCUCGAAGUGGGUGGGCGUUUAGUCUACUCGACGUGCAGUUUGAACCCAUUGGAGAAUGAGUCCGUCGUCGCGGCGCUGUUGAAGCGCGCGAAAGGCUCUGUGGAGCUCGUCGACGUCUCGAAGAGCUUGCCCGAGCUUAAGCGACGACCGGGGAUGAAGAGAUGGAAAGUCGGUGAUAUAUACGGAUGGCACGACUCUUUCGAAGAGACUGGGAAGAAACGCAUGAAAACCGUGGCGAAGACGAUGUUUUGGAACCGAGAGUAUGACGCGAUGCCGCUCGAGAGAUGCGUUCGAGUAUUUCCCCAUCUCGACGAUACGGGUGGAUUUUUCAUCACCGCGUUGAAGAAGACGGCCGAGUUGCCUCCGGAGAUGGAGCAAACGCCGCAAAUGGACGCAAACAAGACUUAUAGAAUGGAGCGUGCGAAUGAGCAGUGGAACGAAAAGAAACGUGUGGCGCCGGUGAUGAAGGUUGAAGACAGAUCCAUCGUGAAGAGCAUCAAUAAACAUUACGGCGUGCAAGACGCGCUCGAUCUGGACGACGCGUUGAUGACGCGUCAGCACUCCGACCUUCCGGGUGUCACUCCAAAGCGUCUAUAUUACUUGUCCGACGGCGCACGAAAAGUGUUGACGGCGCGGGGAAAGGAUGGCAAGAACGCUGGUUUGCAGGUCGUUGCGUGCGGCGUUCGUGCGUUUGAACGUCAAAUCGUCGACGGCGUCGAGUGCGCUUAUAGAAUCACGCAAGAAGGCCUCGACACCGCACUGCCAUGCUUAAAGAAGCAAAUCGUCCGCGUUCGUGCGAGCGAGCUGGAAAUCAUUCUCGCGCGGCAGCAAGACGAAAACGUGGGCGCGAAUUCGUCGUCGCGAUCGAGCUCGGACGACGUCCCCGAGGAAAUCACGAAUGCGAAAUCCAUCGAACAUCUAAAAAAGGUGUCCGAUGGGUGCGUUAUUUUAGUCCCUAAAGCAAGAGACGACGACACAGAAACCGAGGCCAAGGCUCUGGCCGUCGCCGCGUGGCUCGGCCGCGGUAAAAAAGGGAAAUCGAUCUCGGUGUUGGCCAGCAAAGCGAGCGGGGGACAGUUAUUGUAUCAACUUCGCGAUUGUAUGUCGCGCGGCACGGUGGUGUGA